AUGGAUUUCAGUACUUCAUCAGUGUUUGAUCAGCACAGAGGUGAUGCAGCAGAAGAGGGGGACUUGUCUCUGGUAUACCAAGCAGCAGCUAGUGGUGAUGUGAGCACACUAACUGCAGUGAUUCGAGAAGAUCCUUCCAUCCUGGAGUCCUGCGACAGUGAGGGUUGCACACCUUUGCUGCAUGCUGUGUCAGGACGCCAGGUUGAUACAGUGAAGCUUCUGUUGAAGAUGGGAGCCAAUAUUAAUACUCAAGAUGCUUGUGGACGUACCAGUUUAUGUCUGGCAACCUAUCUGGGCUGGCUGGAAGGCUGUAUCAGCCUGAUCAGAAAUGGUGCUAAGCAGAACAUACCUGACAAAAAUGGGAGGUUGCCACUGCAUGCUGCUACUGCAGAGCCUGACGUGAGGCUUCUGAACGUGCUUCUGCAGAAGUCAAAUCUUCAUGAAAUUAAUCAUCAGGACAAUGAGGGAAUGACUUCACUCCACUGGGCUGCUUUCCACAACAGGCCCCAGCACACCCAGACUCUGCUGCACAGGGGAGCAGACCUCACUCUGGUGGACAAAGACCUCAAAACAGCUCUGCACUGGGCAGUACAGAGUGGCAACAGGGUUCUGUGUUCCAUCAUUCUAGACCACUACCAGGGACCAUCAAUAAUAAACUACGAUGAUGAGAAUGGCAAAACAUGUAUGCACAUUGCUGCUGCUUCAGGCUACAGUGAUAUUAUUAGUGAGCUGGCUAAAGUCCCGGGGUGCAACCUGCAGGCCCUUGAUGUGGAUGAAAGGACACCUUUGCACUGGGCUGCAGCAGCAGGGAAAGCUGACUGUGUACAGACACUGCUAGAGCUGGGGAUAGAUAGCAACCCUCGAGACAUCAAUGAAAACACUCCUCUGACAUAUGCAAUGUACUGUGGGCAUACAGCAUGCAUCAAUCUGCUGUCUCAGGAGAGCAGUAGAUCUGAGCCAGUUCAACAGUUUCCCUCCCAGAACAACAGACCCCCAAAGAAAGAAGGACGAUUCAGUAUACUGAACCACAUCUUCUCUUUCAAAAAGAAUAAAAAUGAUCAAAAAAACAGUCAAAAGGAGAAAAGCGGAGACCAAAAUCCCAGAGAAGAGAGGUCAGAUGUAGAUGAUAUCAUCACCACUUUUGAUUGUAUUAUGGACACAAACUGCAAAGAUAAACAUGUGACCACCAUUGGCUUUAAAAGAAGGAGCACAGACACAAAGUACCUCAUACCAGAAAAGAAGCAGCCAGAGUGUCAGGGACUUCUGCCCAUCAGAACCCAGAGCCUUCCCCCCAUCACUGUGGGCAAUCCCUUCCUAACUGCUUCCCGGAGCACGUCAACCUUCUCCUCCAGCACUAGCACCCACCAAUUUGCACACAAGUCUCUGAAGAGGCAGAGUGAACACAACUUGCUGGACCCCAGAAGCAGCUGCCAGGCUUUGUUGGGUGAUCCCUGGAACACAGGCUCUAACCAGCUAUUCUCCUACACAGCCUGCACUAGAACUCCUUCAGACAAACUGAUAAAUGGCUUAAACUCCGAUAGAUCUCACCAUGUGUGUUUGUGCCCUCCCCACCUUCCCUCACUUCCCAGUUCUUCAUCAGGUAAAAAUUUUCAACAGAUUUUCACAGACCAACCAAAAACACAAAAUAAUACUCCUGUACAGAACAACCUAGUUCCCAUGCCCAACCACUGUGCUCACAAAUUUCAGCUACCAUCGCAGGGUGCUAAGAUGUUUAAGUCACUGCCUUUAAAUUCCCCAAGGACUGGUGCAGUUAUUCUCCCACCAGCCCCAACCUCCAAAUCCCAUAAAAGGGGACAUUCUGAGAAUCAUUUGCUCUAUUCCAUCUUGCCUCGUGUAUCAGGAGUGCCUCUGAAACCAAGCUGUGUUCUACCUGCUAUCCCAAGCCAGAAGAGAUCUAACCCUGCAGAAGACCUUAAGAAAUCUCUCACCAAACCAGAUGCUGAAAAUUAA